UCUUCAAGCCAGAAACCCCAUUAAUGCAAUUUUAUUAAUGUCAUUCUUUGUGCAGGACUACGAGAAAAUGGCUGCGGACUCAUCCAGGUCGUAUGCUAAUGAAAAGACUCCUUCGACUGGAUCAGGGGAGGCAGAUAUAGCGGCUGAUCCAGCAAGUGGAGGGUUUUUUGCCACGGAUUACAAGAAGCAUGAAGAUCUUAAAGCAAUGCUGGAUGGGAAUAAAGAUGGGUUGAAGUUGGAAGCUAUGAAGCGCAUUAUUGGUAUGAUAGCCAAAGGUAAAGAUGCAUCUGAUCUCUUUGCAGCUGUGGUUAAAAAUGUUGUCUCUAAAAAUAUAGAGAUCAAGAAGUUGGUUUAUGUUUACUUGGUUCGAUAUGCCGAGGAACAACAAGACCUGGCUUUGCUAUCGAUCAGUACAUUCCAGAAAGGACUCAAGGAUCCCAACCAGUUGAUCAGAGCAUCAGCCCUUCGUGUUCUCUCAAGUAUUCGUGUUCAUAUGAUUGUACCCAUCAUGAUGCUAGCAAUCAAGGAAAGUGUCAAUGACAUGUCACCGUAUGUCCGCAAAACUGCCGCUCAUGCCAUUCCAAAGCUUUACAACAUGGAUCCGGAACAGAAGGAUCAACUUGUAGAAGUAAUUGAGAAACUCCUGGCUGACAAGACUACACUGGUUGCCGGAAGCACGGUCAUGGCAUUUGAAGAGGUGUGUCCAGAGCGAAUUGACCUGAUCCAUAAGAACUUUCGCAAGCUCUGCAACCUUCUUAUUGAUGUUGAAGAGUGGGGUCAGGUCAUCAUCAUCAACAUGCUGACUAGAUACUCCAGGACACAGUUUCUAGAUCCCAACAAAGCUGAUAUGAUACAAGAGGAAACAGAGCGAUCUUUCUACGGCUCAGAGCACAGUGAAAAUGAAGGUGAAGAUAAAGAAGGAAAGGAAGAAGAAGAGAUCAAGAAGCCUUACAUCAUGGAUACUGAUCACAGGUUACUCCUUCGCAGUGUCAAACCACUCCUCCAGAGCAGAAAUGCUUCAGUUGUUAUGGCAGUAGCUCAGCUGUAUCACCACAUUGCUCCUAAGAAUGAAGUUGGAAUCAUUGCUAAGCCAUUGGUCAGACUUCUCAGAAGCCACAGGGAAGUGCAAACUGUCGUAUUGAGCAAUGUAGCCACAAUGAGUGCCAACCGGAGGGGCAUGUUUGAGCCAUUCCUUAAGAGUUUCUUUGUUCGUUCAAGUGAUGCAACCCAUAUCCGUCUCCUCAAACUGGAGAUCAUGACCAACAUAGCCAGCGGAACAAGUAUUUCAACUAUCCUUAGAGAAUUCCAGACAUAUGUGACCAGUUCUGACAAAGAGUUUGUGGCAGCUACUAUCCAGGCCAUAGGAAGAUGUGCAAGUAACAUAGAAGAAGUGACUGAGUCGUGCAUGAAUGGACUUAUGGGACUCAUGUCAAACAGAGACGAGGCUGUAGUAGCAGAGAGUGUGGUAGUGAUUCGUAAACUCCUUCAGAUGAACCCGACUGGACAUAAGGAGAUCAUACGUCACAUGACCAAACUAGCUGAUGCCAUCACGGUACCCAUGGCUAGGGCUAGUAUUUUAUGGCUGAUAGGAGAGUACUCUGACAAUGUACCUAAGAUGGCUCCAGAUGUUCUACGUAAGAUGGCCAAAGGAUUCAUCAAUGAGGAAGAUAUUGUCAAACUUCAGAUUCUAAAUCUGGCAGCUAAACUCUACCUGACCAACUCAAAACAGACCAAACUCCUACUCCAGUAUGUGCUCAACUUGUCCAAGUACGAUCAGAACUACGACAUCCGGGACCGCGCCCGUUUCUUCCGACAUCUCCUCCUCCCUGGUGAUAAGACUACAACAUUCUCUAAACAUGCUAAAAAGAUCAUCCUAGCCACCAAACCCGCCCCUGUCAUUGAAUCUGUCUUCAAAGAUCGGGACCAGUUCCAGCUAGGCUCUCUAUCUCACAUGAUCAAUGCAAAGGCUGUAGGAUACAUUGAGCUCCCUGACUUUCCAGAAGAGGCCCCAGAUCCAAGUGUUAGAGUUGUAGAGGAAGUGCUACCAUGGACCAGUGAGAAGGAUAAGAGAUCAAUGAGUAAGAAGAAAAGCAAAGCCAAGUCAUUCUAUUCCAGCUCUGAGGAGAGUGAGGAAGAAGAUGAUGAUGAUGACGAUGAUGAAACAUCAGAAGGUAGUGAAUCGGGCUCAGAAUCAGAGAGCGAGUCUGGUUCCGAUGAUGACAAAGACGAAAGCAGUGAAGAGGAAGAGAGUGAUAUGGAAGACGACAGUGAGGAUGCAUCAUCUGUGGAAGAUUCAGAGAAGAGUUCAUCAGAAUCAUCUGAAGAAUCAUCAAGUGAAGAGAGUGACUCAGAGAGUGAAGAAGAGAUAAAACCAGUCAAAAAGAAAACACCACAAAAAUCAUCUAAAGUGAAGGAGGAGAAGAGAGGUAAACAGAAAGCUGAAUCAACAAUGCAACUUUUAGAUUUUGAUGAUUUUGGUCCAUCAGGAGAAUCGUCCCAGCCAGUAACUCCUGCAGGCCCCACCAGCAUCCUAACACCCACCCUAGCCAAAGAUCUUCAAGGACUGUCACUCAGUGACAAACCUCUGAGCUCAGAACAGAUGACACAGAGUGCGAAGGCUGGUGGAAUAAUGUUCCCUUCUAAGGAGACAUUUGAGCUUCUAAAUCGAGUGAACAGUGGUGGUUUGUCAGCUACCUACCGAUUCCCUAGAACAACCUGUAUCUAUUCUACUACCAUGGUGGCUGUCGAGGUCACAUUCACUAACAACAGUAAUUCCAAGAUACAAAACAUUAGCAUAGGUGAGACCAAGUUGGCUGCUGGUAUGAAGUUACAUGAAUUUCCUGAAAUUACCAACCUUUCUGUAGGUCAAUCCACGACAGCAAUCCUUGGUAUUGACUUUAGAGACACAACACAACCUGCUAACUUUGAGAUCUGUACUGAAUCACGGAAGUUUAGUGUGAUAGUGAAAGCACCUAUAGGAGAACUCCUACAACCUACACAACUCAGUGAGAGAGACUUCCUUACACAACAAUCCAAGCUUACUGGUAUGAAUGAACACUCUGAUAAGUGUGACAUAGAAGCAAGCCAUAGAGAAGAGAAAGAAUUGAUCAGAUGUGUUGGUGAGACAGCCAAUGUUCAGAUCGUCCCAGCCAGCGAUCCCAGUAAACUCACAUACAGGUUUUCUGGCAGGACAAUAUCCGCUGGAACAUCGGCCCUGUUGACAGUACAGAUCCUGAGCGAGGGAAAGGCUAGAAUCACUUCCAACUGUGAGAAGAUGGUUAUUGGUAACAUGCUGGUCAAAGACAUCAAGAAGGCUCUAGGAAAGGCAUGAUGUCAGCACUCAUAGCUUCAUCUACAUGUAGGAGUCUUAUACAUUUGUACUAGAGUCUAGAACAAACCCCUUGCUGUUGAAAUUAUCAAAACUUAUCAAGAGAUCUCAGAUAGGCUUAAUGUUAGUAGUUGCAGCUUUGUAUACUUGAAGAAUUCAUGUACAGUGGAAAAUGAUAUGAAACAAUGUCUCCAUAGUUUUCUAAGAUAUGAAAAAAAAUGUAAGAAAGGCAUGAUUUAGCAUUGUUAAGAAUGUUGUCUUAAACAGCCUUCCCUUUUGAUCUUAGCUUGUCAAGUUUAUUGAUCAUGCGUUUAGAAAGGCAUGAUGUUGGUACCCAUAGCUUUACGUACGAAUAUUAGAUUAUAGAAGUUAGUCUUGAACAGCCUCCCCCUUCAUUUUACCUUGUAAGGUUAUCAAAUAUGUUUCAAGAAGGGUAUGAUGUGGAUAACUUGAGCUUCAUGUAUGAACCUUGGAUUACGAAACAUAGUCUGGAACAACCCACUCUCUUAGAACUGCACCUUCUUGUUGGCGAACAAUACUAAACACCAUUUCUGCUUUUUGUCUGAUCUUGAUCUGUCCUUUCCAUUUUGCAUUUGAUUGCAAACUUUUUAUGCUACUGGCCUAGGUUCCUGUCAAUCCUGUGUAACUGAUGGAUACUUGCUUGAUAAUUAAUGGCUCAGGGAGCAUUCGGAAUGGUUUGGUAUUGUGGUAAAUAUUCAGUGCUCCAUAUAAUAUUAGGCAGUAGUUAUGAUUGUGACAGUACCAUAAGUAUCAAGAGUCUUUGUUUUCUAUUCAUUUGCUGAAAAUGCUGUAAACUAAAUAGCAUGAAUACAUGAAUUGUGGACACACUAUACUGCAUUCAUUGCUGGCUCAUCGCGUUUUUGUAUCGUUUAUUUCUAAUUUUCCAAAAAUAAGCAUUCAUUUGUAAAAAAGCUUGUUGCGAUAUACAGUCUAAGAGGUUAUUCAUAUUUUCUGGAAAAUUCCAGUAGCAUUCUUACUAGUUUUAUAGUGUCAGCGUUCACUCAGCCAGUAUAGUAGAAAUGUUGACUAUUAGGAUGUUCUCAAUAUAGACCUUCUCUCAAGUCUGUAACUUGUAAAAAGAGCUUUUUAGAUCACAUAGUUAAAACUUCCAAAUUUGCAUCACCGUUGAGUUGAAAAACUUUAACAAAUGCUCAUGUACUUUGUUUUUUUAGAGUCAGAAGGGUGUAAUUCCUUUAAUGAAGAGAAUCAGCAAAUUUUUCCUGCUUGAAACAGAUGCCCACAUGUCAUUGCUCAGGUGUUAAAACUUUGUAUCUCAAAAUUAAGAAGGUAUUGAGGUCAGUUUAGAAAAUGUUGUAUGGUGGCAACAUUGUCUUGUCUGAAGACAGAUGUCCCAAUUCCUGUAGAAAAUUCUGUAGAAACAAAAGGGGGUUGCUAUUUGUGUCUACUUGUG